AUGUCAAGUAGCGUGGAAAAAUCCGAUGUAAACGAUGUUUCCCUAACAAGAAGAUUCACCAAAGAUUCAACUCUUGAUAAGGAUGACUUAAUUCUGGCUCAAUUGGGUUACGAACCUGAGUUGAAUAGAAACUUUUCUGUUUGGUCUGUCUUAGGUGUUGGCUUCGGUUUGACCAACUCCUGGUUUGGUAUCUCCGCUUCUUUGGUCACUGGUAUCUCUUCCGGUGGUCCAAUGAUGAUUGUUUAUGGUAUCAUGAUUAUUGCAGCAGUAUCCACCUGUAUUGGUAUCACCUUAUCUGAACUGGCUUCUGCUUAUCCUUCUUCAGGAGGUCAAUACGUUUGGGCUAAGGUAUUAGCUCCUAAAUACCCAGUAUUGGCUUUCCUGUGCGGUUCAUUCUCAUAUGCUGGUUCCAUCUUCUCAUCAACUUCAACUACUGUGGCUACUGUUCAGAUUGCAGUUGCAUUUUACGAACUGACCCAUGCUGACUAUGAAUUCCACCGCUGGCACGUUUUCGUAGCUUUCCAGAUCUUGAAUUUUUUCAUUUUCUUUUUCAACUGUUAUGCCAAGUUUCUCCCAUCGAUUGCAAAGUCAUCGCUGUACAUUUCUUUGGGAUCUUUUAUCGUCAUCACCAUCACCGUACUUGCUUGCUCCAGUGGACAUUUCCAAAACGCCAAAUUCGUGUUUUCCGAUUUUGACAACCAAACUGGUUGGGAAUCCGCUGGAAUCGCCUUCAUCAUUGGUUUAAUUAACCCAAAUUGGUCCUUCUCGUGUCUGGAUUGUGCUACCCAUAUGGCUGAAGAAGUCGCCCAACCUGAAAGGGUUAUUCCAAUUGCCAUCAUGGGAACUGUUGCCAUUGGAUUUUUUACUUCCUUUGUGUACUGUAUUUCGAUGUUCUUCUCUAUCAGAGAUCUGGAUGCAUUGCUGAACACUGCUACCGGUGCCCCCAUUAUUUCCAUUUACUACCAAGCUCUUCAAAAUCAAGGAGGUGCCAUUUUCCUGGGUUUCUUGUUGUUUUUGACUGCCUGUGGAUGUUUAAUUUCUGGUCACACCUGGCAAAUGCGACUCUGUUGGUCUUUUGCCAGAGACAAUGGUCUUCCAUUUUCUCCAUUCCUUUCAAAGGUCGACAAGAGAAUGGGUAUUCCAUUCAACGCACAUUUGUUUUCCGUCUGUUUAUGUUCCUUGGUCAGUUGCCUUUACUUGGCUUCAGACUUGGCUUAUAACUCUUUGGUAACCGGAUGCAUCACUUUCCUCCUGUUGUCUUAUGCAAUUCCUGUCUCUUGUCUUAUAUACAAUGGAAGAGACAGUAUCACUCAUGGUCCAUUCUGGAUUGGAAAGUUUGGUUAUUUCACCUCCAGUAUGACCGUUGCAUGGGCAUUAUUUGCUCUGGUAUUCUACUCAUUCCCAUUUGUGAAGCCAGUUACUAAGUCCAACAUGAACUACGCGGCUGCAGCUAUUGUUGGUUGGUUGGUUGUUUCUCUGGUCUACUGGUUUAGCUAUGGAAAGAAGAUAUUUAUUAUGAGAAACGAAGACGACGAAGACGCUGUUCUUAAAAAAAUCUUUGCCAAAACCGAGUCACACAGAGAAAAGGACGCCACCAUUCCAGUUGAAGUAACCAAAGAACUCUAG